AUGGCUAUUAUAUUCGAAAAAAUCUGGCACAAAAGAAACAAACUCAUCCACGAUGAAAUAGAAAUAAUAAUUCAUAGACCAAAAGUCAUACGUGAACUAAUUAAAACACAAAGAGCUGCAUGGGAGAGGACACAAGCGGUUAUAAACAAAACAUUAAGAAUCAAAUCAAAGCAACGGCAAGAAGAACAAAAUAAAUUAGACUCAUUAAUCUCGCUAAAGCUAUUACAAUUUAGCAGACAACGGAACUCACAUCUUCACGCAAUAGCACUUCCCAAACAUCAAUCAUGA